GAUCACAGCACCCAGCACACAGACUAUUUACACAGUCAGUGAUCGCAGCACCCAGCACGCAGACUACUUUAACUUCAAACUUAUCAACAUCCGAGACACUAACUCUACCCAGAUUAGUAAUGGAAAACAAGGUGAAAGUUAACACUAUGUCGAAUGCUAGCAACAACAGCGGCAUCCAGCGCCCCUCUCAGCCAGGAGCUAAGACUCCUUAUCAAAGGGGGGAGAAAGGCCACCCGGUUCACUACCACCGGACCUUUUACCAAAAGGUUGAAGGAGGCCACCAGCAUCCCCACAACCAUCCUGCCCAUAAUCCAGGAUAUCAGAGACCCCCUCCAAGAUGGGAGGUGGAGGCAGGUCUCAAAAAACGCAUUGAGGAACUGGAAUUGCUUCUGAAAAAGGAGAGAGAGACAAAGAAGGAAGCAGUGCCACCGAAACCAAGCGUCAGAGAGACAUCAGUGGAUGAGGUUCACAGCGAGUGUGACAAGCAGAUCAAGCAGAUGAGUGAAGAACUUAAACACCUUAAUCCUUCCUACUGCGUACCACAGGAUAUGUUCUAUUACUCGCUGAAGACCAAAGAGGAGCUCUUAGGUGUGAUUUCUGCGCAAAACAGAAAGCUCGCACAACUCCCGGCUGGCGCGGAGCCUGAUAAUACCCCGAGAGUUGAGAAAGAAGCACCAAAAGAGAAAGAAGCACCAAAAGAGGAGAUGGAGGUCCUGCUGAAUGAGGCAGUAAGCAGAAACCUCACCAUCACUCUGCAGAUGGAGGCCUUAGAGAAGGCUCAUGAGGAGGAAAAGAAGGCGAUGAAUACGGAGAUGGCAGAGAUGAAAAAGAAGCUGAGGCUCUAUAUGUGGGAUCCAACAGAAGAACCAAUCAACGUGGAGGAGGACGAGGAGGUCCCUGAUGAGAAUGGUACUUCAGACCUAGCUAGAGAUACUUCUGGAGAGGUUGGAAAAUGGUCAAAAAUUCAAUAUAAAUCCACCAUUAAGGCGACAAAGAAAACUGCCAAGGUGCACGAACUCCAAAAUGUCAUUGCAUCUCUUAACAAGCAGCUGCGAGCUGAAAGGCUCAGGUCCCACACCCUCCAACAAGAACAGUAUCAAUUUAGGUGUAUGCUUAAAGACAUAGCAAGCCAAGACCCAAACCAGGCUGAGACACUGAAGGCAGAGAACAUUUCCCUGGAGGAGAAGGUGAAGGCCCUGCAGGAAGAAGUCUGGAAUAUCGCAUCAGAGGAAACAGAUAAUACAGACAAGAUUCAACAGCUUCAAGCUAGUGUUGAACGUAAAAACAACCAGCUGCAGGCUGAAAGACUCAGAGCUGACAACCUCCAAAAAGAAAAGGAGACAUUAGAGUGUAAGCUUCAUGAGAUAGCCAGCCAAGACCCAAACCAGGUUGAGACACUGAAGGCAGAAAACGUUUCCCUGGAGGAGAAGGUGAAGGCCCUGCAGGAAGAGGUCUGCAGUAUCGCAUCAGAGGAAACAAAUAAUACAGACAAGAUUCAACAGCUUCAAGCUAGUGUUGAACGUAAAAACAACCAGCUGCAGGCUGAAAGACUCAGGGCUGACACCCUCCAAAAAGAAAAGGAGACAUUAAGGUGUAAGCUUCAAGAGGUAGCCAGCCAAGACCUAAACCAGGUUGAGACACUGAAGGCAGAAAACGUUUCCCUCGAGGAGAAGGUGAAGGCCCUGCAGGAAGAGGUGUUGAGUAAAGCAUCAGAGGAAACAAUUAUUCCAAACAAUAUUCAACAGGUUCAAGCUAGUGUUGAAAAUAAAGACAACCAGCUGCAGAAUGAAAAGCGAUUAAAUGAGACCCUUCAAAAAGAACUGGAGAAAUUUUGGUGUACUCUUGAGGAGGUAGCCAACCAGGACCUAGAGCAGGUUGAGGAGCUGGAGGAGCAGAACCUUUCCCUGAAGCUGAGGGUGAAGGACCUGCAGGAAGAGGUCUUCAGUAGAGCAGCAGAAGAAAUUAUUAAUACAAACAAGAUUCAACAGCUUCAAGAUAGUGUUGAACAAAAAGACAACCAGCUGCAGAUUGAAAAGCAAUUAAAUGACACCCUCCAAAAAGAACAGGAGACAUUAAAGUGUAUGCCUCAUGAGGCAUCCGGCCGGGACCUGGAGCAAGGUGAGACCCUGGAGGGGGAGAAACUUUCCCUGGAGCUGAAGGUGAAGGCCCUGCAGGAAGAGGUCUUGAUUAGAGCAUCUGUGGAGUCUGAAAAUAACAGCGAGAUUCAAGAGCUCCAAGAUCUCCUUUCAAGACAAAACGACAAGCUGCAAAAUGAGAUGUUGAGGGCUGACAACCUCCAGAAACUAAGUGUGGAGGUCGUUAAUCACAUUGAGGAAAUGUCCAUCAAAGACCGGAAGCUGAUUGAAAGGUUUAAGAGAGAACAAGACUCCCUGAAGCAGGAGCUCAUGGACCAGCAGAGUGAGAUCAUCAGCAUAGAGAAGGCAAACAGAGAGCAACUGGAGCUCUUGAAGAACCAGCUCACAGAAAAGACCAGAAGCUGCCUUAAGCUGGCCUCCAAACUAGACGAUCAGGAGCAAGUCAGUCAGGUGUUAAAGGAAGAGGUGGAGGGGCUCCAUGAGGAAAUAAAGGCGCUGACGUGUGAGGAGAAGGCAGAGCCCUCCCUUACAUUAGACACAAUCCAGGUCAACGGUGAGGGAGACACUCCAACCAUGGUCGAGGAGACAUCUGAGAAUAUCCAGGCAACACCGGAGAUGGUCAAGGAAACACCAGAGACUGUAGAGUCAAGACCCGAGAUGGAGAAUGUCUCUUUGUGGAGGAGGUUUAAGAAGUUUAUGACCCCUCACAGUCGCCGCCAAUACAAGCAGCAGAGACGGAAGAACCAGGAGUGAGACCCCAAAACACACAAGUCAUCAAAAAUAUUUGAUUCAAUUCAAAUAGCUCUAAAAAAAAAUCAAUAAAAACAAACAAACAAAUUAA